AUGCAGGACAUCGAGAUGCCCCGGGAUAUAUCACAGGAGACUUGGAACUCGAUUACAAUUCUUCUCACGUGGAACUAUGUCCCAGUAAAAGAACAUGUCCCUAAUCUGCGAUACGUACAACUUCACACCACCGGUUGCAACCACAUCGCAGACACGCCCCUCUUCAAAGACAGCGAUGUAUCAUUCUGUACGGCGAACGGUGUACACCCUCCACAAAUCGCCGAAUGGGUCAUUGCUACUUUCCUCGGUUUCCAACAUCAUUGUAAUCGCUUCGUGGAUUCCUCUCGCGAAACGUGGGCUAUACCUGAGUCAGAUGAAGACACGGGGGAUGCUGUCGGUUUACGGAUGGGCAUUCUUGGAUACGGGUGCACUGGGCGUCAGUGCGCACGCUUAGCGACUGCGCUUGGAGUGGACGUUCAUGCGUUUACGCUGCACGAACGACCGACUCCAGAGUCUAAGCGUGAUAACUCGUACUAUGGCUGCGAUCAGCUAAACGAGUUCCUUGCCGGUCCUGAUCUACUCGUUAUUACUCUACCCCUUACCUCGCUAACCCGAGGCAUGAUUGCUCGUGAACAGUUCCAAGCUCUUGGGAAGCGGAACGCCUUUGUCAGCAAUGUUGGACGGGGUCCAGUCGAAAAUACCGAUGAUCUCGUCGCUGCUUUGAAUAACGGGACAAUCAGAGGAGCUGCAGUUGAUGUCACGAACCCUGAACCAUUGCCUGCAGGACAUCCACUGUGGAAAGCGAAGAAUGUCGUUAUUACACCCCAUGUUGGGGGAAACUCGACUCACUACAAUGAGCGAGUCCUCAAGGUUUUGGUUCGCAAUCUUAAGAAUAUUGCGGACGGGAAGGGGCUUAUUAACUGGAUCAAUAAAUCGCUAGGCUACUAG